AGACAAGAUUCAACCAUCGUCGACGAUGUCUGAUGAAAUAUACGACGUUGUGGUUGUCGGGGCAGGCGUGGAGGGAUCGGCAGCUGCCUAUUACCUGGCCAAGAGGGGGAAGAAGACUCUGCUAUUAGAACAGUUCCCGCUCCCACACAGUCGGGGCAGCUCUCACGGCCAGUCUCGCAUCACCCGCAAGGCCUACACCCAGGACUUCUACACGGAGAUGAUGCAUGAAGCUACCGACAUCUGGCGGCAACUGGAGAGAGAAGCCGGGUGGGAGGUGUUCAGACAAACUGGAUUCAUUGCCAUCGGGCAAUACAAAGGGGAUUUUCUAGAAGAUAACGUCAGUUCGCUCAAACGUAACAACGCUCAGUUUGAGUACCUGACGCCGGUAGACUUCCGGCGGCGCUACCCGAUGCUGAGGUACCCGAAUGACUUCAGCUGUGUUGCCGAUCCGGACGGUGGAAUUCUCCGAGCAGACAAAGCCCUUAUGGCAUACCAGACGAUGUUCAAAACAUUUGGCGGACGGCUCAUUGACGGUGCCAUGGUAACCAAUAUCAAACGUGGUAAUAUUGUUACCUUGGAGACGCCCAACGCCACCUACCGGGGUAGAAGCGUGAUCAUAUGUCCAGGUCCCUGGGCGUCCCAGAUACUUCGUCCAUUUGGCGUCAAGCUUCCGCUGAAGACUCUGCGGAUAUCGGUGAUGUAUUGGAAAGAGCGGGAUAACGGUUCCCACGCCUCCAGUAAACUACUUCCGUUUUACGAGAAAGCCGUACGUCGUUGUCGUGGGUACGAUGUGUACGGUUUGCCAAACGAGGAGUAUCCAGGACAUGUGAAGAUCUGUCUUCACUCUGGUCCAGAUAUUGACACUGAGCUUCGUGACCAAGCAGAUGACAAGUGGGUGAUUGAUCUGAUGAAGGGGUUUGUCAGAGAACACUUCCCCUCCCUCGAACCGUCGCCAUCCAUAGUGGAAACGUGCAUAUACACUAACACCCCUGAUGAACACCCAGUCCUGGACUACAUCCCCGGCAAUCGCAACAUCGUCGUCGGCGUCGGCUUCUCAGGUCAUGGCUUCAAGCUGUCCCCUGUGGUGGGCAAGGUCCUGGGUCAGCUGGCGUGUGGGGAGACGCCCUCCUACAGCCUCACCCCCUUCAGGAUAGACAGGUUUCCCCCUCAGGCCGGCCUCUGACGGGACAAUCUCAUGCCCGCGUCGUGUGUAUGUGAUCAGUGACGAUGAAUUACGACAGCGUGACUCCGAGAUUAUGGACUAUGGGACCAGCAGAGUGUCAGUGAUAUGUUUGUUAGUGUUGGUUUUGGAGUAUAUAUGUAAGUUACUGUCACCAAAGGGACUUGCCCAGCCUCUCGGGGAUAGAGGUGGAGACACAGAACACAGGCAGACAGAUCGACAUGUAAUUCCUACAAUAAUAUAACACAGUGAAAUUUUAUCAUGUUCUUGUAAUGGACAAAGUUGACGGGUCAUUUGUGGUGAUCUUUUCUCUGAGGAUUAUUGUGAAAAUCAUUACUAGACCAGAGAGGACUCUCUAAAGAUCCUCGCCAGGCCAGAGUGGACUCUCUAGAGCCAUUUGUAAACAGGAGAAGAUUUGCUAAAGGUCCUCAAUGGGUCAGAGAUGACUAUCUGAAGAUUAUUUGUAUACAAGAGUGAGUUUUUUUAACAUUAUUGGUUUGUUUGUUUGUUGUUUAACGUCGCACUCAGAAAUAUUCCAGCUAUAUGACGGCUGUCUGUAAAUAUUCGAGUCUGGACCAGACAAUCCAGUGAUUGAUAUCAUGAACAUCGUUCCACACAAUUGGGAUACGAUGACUGGUAGGCCAAAGUUGACUCUGCAGCUCAUCGAUGGGUCAGAUUUCCGUCUCCGAAGAUCAUUGACUGGUGGGCUAGAGUGGACUCUCUAAAGAUCACCGGUAGGCCAGAGUGGGUGUUUCUGAAGAUCAUUACUAGGUCAUUCUGAAGAUGAUUGGUGGACCAGAAUGGAUUUCUGAAGACCAUUCAAGGCCAGGGUUUUGUGAAGAUGUUUGGUAGACCAGAAUGGAUUUCUGAAGACCAUUGAUAGGCCAGAGUUGACUCUCUGAUGGCCGAUAGAUGUACAUUGAUUAAUUGACAAUUAAAAUAUGAUUAUAAUGAA